GGCUGGCGGCGGGCGGUUCUUAACAAUGGGAAACACAAGCAGCGAGCGAGCUGGACUGGAGCGACAUGGGCAUAAGGCAUCCCGAGGGGACAGCUCAGGAGGAGCCAUCAGUACAAAAGAGGGCGAUAGACCCAAAAUCUUAAUGGAUAGUCCUGAAGAUGCAGACUUGUUCCAUUCAGAGGAGAUGAAGGCUCCAUUGGAGAAAGAAGAAUUCCUAGCUUGGCAACAGGAUCUGGAAGUGAAUGAUAAAACCCCCACACAAGCUCGACCAACAGUCUUUCGCUGGACCGGAGGAGGGAAAGAAGUUUAUUUAUCUGGGUCCUUCAACAACUGGAGUAAAAUUCCUCUGACAAGGAGUCACAAUAACUUCGUGGCAAUCCUGGAUCUGCCGGAAGGAGAGCACCAAUACAAGUUCUUUGUGGAUGGGCAGUGGACGCAUGAUCCUUCAGAGCCAGUAGUAACCAGCCAGCUGGGUACCGUCAACAACGUCAUACAGGUGAAGAAAACUGACUUUGAAGUAUUCGAUGCUUUGAUGGUGGACUCCCAGAAGUGUUCAGACAUGUCUGAGUUGUCAAGUUCACCCCCAGGACCUUAUCACCAGGAGCCCUACGUUUGCAAGGCAGAGGAGCGCUUUAAAUCACCACCUAUUCUUCCCCCCCACCUGCUGCAGGUCAUCCUGAAUAAGGACACAGGCAUUUCUUGUGAUCCUGCUCUACUCCCUGAACCCAACCACGUCAUGUUGAACCACCUCUACGCGCUUUCUAUCAAGGAUGGAGUGAUGGUGCUUAGUGCUACACAUCGUUACAAGAAGAAGUAUGUCACCACUUUGCUGUACAAGCCAAUAUGAACAUCACUGUAGCUUAUGACCAAUUGUUCUGGGCCAGUGCAGUCUCAGAAAAACAAAUCUUCUCUUAACCAAAUGUACUCCUGCUCUGUGCUGUAGCAAAUGAACUCUAAUUUCAUCUCAUUUCUGAGACUUCCAAGUUCUCCUGUAUUUGCCUUAUUUUCCCAGUCCUACCUUGGAAGUUCUCAGAGAUGGCAGCUUCAUGGCAACUAGACAGAUGGCAAAGGGUGUCAGUGCCCAUUGUCAGCUCAGUUAAAAAACCACCAAUUUAAUUAGGCUGAAAAAUGUGAGGGCAGCAACAGAUCAAAGACCUUUAGGAGCGAGGCAGAUUGUAACAAACAAGCCAGCCCAAAGUCUAGGAAGUUUGGGAUUCUUGUGGAAUCUCAUUUGAGCUCAACACUCAGCAAGAGCAAGCCCAUUGCUGCUUCCAUAACUCAUCAAACAUGCAAUUAUUUCAGUAGCAAGUUCCAAACUUGCGUGGCUGAAGUAAGUGGGAAUAUUGAUGAUCUUUUUGUAGCAGCCUUUUCUAGGCAUAAUCAGCAACACAAUCACCUACACACUCAGUUUUAUUGCACAGUAGACCGGGGAGCACUGUUUCUGAGCUCUGUAGUUUUUCUCUUCAUGAGAACUGAAAUACAGCUUUUCCUCUGGGGAAUUUCUGGUAAAGAAAGACAAUUGUUUUUAAUGGCUGGAUUUUUCCGUAAAUCAUAAAUGUGUCUUGCAGUAAUCUGCUUUUUGAAACCAGUUUCUCUUGCUGUCGCUGGUGAGGACAAUCCUCACAAUUGUCCUUAAGGACAAUCCUGUUCCUUAAGCUGGGACAGGUAGCUGUGAGGAAAUCAGUGUGUUCAGUUUAGGGAUUAGUUCUUCAGAAGGAGCCUGAAGGUGACUGUAAGUCAGCUGUGCCCAGUGCCCAAGCUUCCCCUCAGUGUAAGCAGUGGCAGUGCUGGGUACAGCAGCACCGUGCCCAUCUGUGCCCAGGGUGGAGCAGGGCCCCUGCUCCAGGUUGCAGCGUUGACCGCAGGUAUAAAACCCCUGCUGCUUCCACAGCGAGGGCUGUGGGGAUCUCUGCAACUUUUCAUUCUGUUUCUAUUUUCUAAAUGAUGAUACUGACACCGGGUUGCCUGUACUGGGUACUGACAGCCUGUUUUAUCCCAAAACACAUGCAACAUGAAUGCAAAACUGCCCGCCGGUGUGCCUCGGGCCUGCCCUGGAGCAGCCAGCUCCGGAGGCGACCUGCUGGGUCCUUCCCUCUCCUUGUUGUUUGGUGCCUGAGAGUGCCAGUGACUGUGCCAACCAUAACCAGCCCCGUCCCUCGGUGGGAAGAGCACAUUGCACAGA